AUGGAGGAACCCAGCGCUCGGUGCGCCCCACCGCUUGCGGGCUCCCAGAUCGCAGUUCCUCAAGCCAACCUCUCCGCGGCUCACUCCCACAACUGCAGCGCUGAGGGCUACAUUUACCAGGACUCCAUCGCCCUGCCCUGGAAAGUACUGCUGGUUUUGCUGCUGGCGCUCUUCACCUUGGCCACCACGCUCUCCAACGCCUUUGUGGUCGCCACCGUGUACCGCACCCGGAAGCUGCACACCCCGGCUAAUUACCUGAUCGCCUCCCUGGCGGUCACCGACUUGCUCGUGUCCAUCUUGGUAAUGCCCAUCAGCACCAUGUACACGGUCACCGGCCGCUGGACUCUGGGCCAGGUGGUUUGCGACCUCUGGCUGUCGUCGGAUAUCACCUGUUGCACCGCUUCCAUCAUGCACCUGUGUGUCAUCGCCCUGGACCGCUACUGGGCCAUCACGGAUGCCGUGGAGUACUCGGCUAAACGGACUCCCAAGAGGGCGGCGAUCAUGAUCGCGCUGGUGUGGGUGUUCUCCAUCUGUAUCUCUCUGCCGCCCUUCUUCUGGCGUCAGGCCAAGGCCGAGGAAGAGGUGUCCGAGUGUUUGGUGAACACCGAUCACGUUCUCUACACUGUCUACUCCACGGUGGGCGCUUUCUAUUUACCCACCCUGCUCCUCAUCGCCCUCUAUGGUCGAAUCUACGUGGAAGCCCGCUCCCGGAUUUUGAAACAGACGCCCAACAGGACCGGCAAGCGCCUGACCAGAGCCCAGCUGAUAACUGAUUCCCCUGGGUCCACGACCUCAGUCACUUCAAUUAACUCUCGGGCGCCCGACGUGCCCAGCGAAUCCGGCUCUCCAGUGUAUGUAAACCAAGUCAAAGUGCGAGUCUCCGAUGCCCUGCUGGAAAAGAAGAAACUCAUGGCCGCUAGGGAGCGCAAAGCCACCAAAACCCUAGGGAUCAUUCUGGGUGUGUUUAUUGUGUGUUGGCUGCCCUUCUUCAUCAUCUCCUUGGUGAUGCCUAUCUGCAAGGAUGCCUGCUGGUUCCACCAGGCCAUCUUUGACUUUUUCACGUGGCUGGGCUAUGUCAAUUCGCUCAUCAACCCCAUCAUCUAUACCAUGUCCAAUGAGGACUUUAAACAAGCGUUCCAUAAAUUGAUACGCUUUAAGUGCACAAGCUGA